AUGUCGUCGCGAUCACCGUCGUCGUCGUCUUGGGCCGCACCACCCGGCCGCGCCAUGGCCACCGAGGCACGCGAGGAGGCCACUGCCGGCGGUUGCCUCCCCGCGGACCAGUCCUGCUUUGCGCUCUCAGCGGGCCCACCCUACCCCUCGCGUCGUGCCGCUGCCGCCGCGCGAGCCUGCUGCACGACCACCUCCUACAUCGUCGUUCUGAGCAUCAGCUUCGGCUCCCUCCUCGCCAUACUGCUCAUCUUGUGUGUGAUCCGGUGGUACCUCGUGCACCGCUCCGCGCGCCAGCAGGAGGAGGAGGCCACGGCUGCGGCCACCGAUGCGGCCCCGGGAAUGGCCAAGAAGCGGUCGGCGGGGCUGGACGCGGACGCCAUCGCAGCGCUGCCUGAGUUUGUGUACCGGAAGGACGGCGGCGUCGGCGAGGAGGACGCCGCAGAAUGCGCCGUGUGCUUGGCCGUGAUGGUCGACGGGCAGGCGGCGCGGCGGCUGCCCAGGUGCAUGCACGUGUUCCACCGGAGCUGCGUUGACGUCUGGUUGAGGGAGCACUCGACAUGCCCGGUCUGCCGAGCUGAGGUGGUCAUCAGGCCGGCCGGAGGAGAGUGCGCCGGGAAGGAACAAGUGGGCAGCACGUCACGGGCUGUCACGUCACCGCCGCCGCGGGAGCAGGUACUGGACGACGGGGAGAGGGACCUGGAGGCGCAGUAG